CCUGCACACCAUCAAUCGAACAGACGUGGAAAUUUGUUGACCGAUUUUGGAACGAAAGAGAGCCCCCACACACUAAAUCAAAAUGAGGGAAAUCGUACAUAUGCAAGCUGGCCAGUGCGGCAACCAAAUAGGAGCUAAAUUCUGGGAAGUUAUUUCCGAUGAACACGGAAUUGACCCCACCGGUACAUACCACGGAGAUUCUGACCUUCAGUUGGAGAGGAUCAACGUGUACUUCAAUGAAGCCACAGGAGGCAAAUAUGUACCAAGAGCUGUGCUGGUUGACUUGGAGCCCGGAACCAUGGAUUCAGUGCGAUCUGGUCCUUUUGGACAAAUCUUCAGACCAGACAACUUUGUGUUCGGACAGAGUGGUGCUGGAAACAACUGGGCUAAGGGACAUUACACAGAAGGUGCUGAGCUUGUAGACUCUGUUCUUGAUGUUGUGCGAAAAGAAUCAGAAAGUUGUGACUGUCUUCAGGGAUUCCAACUUACACAUUCUCUUGGUGGUGGUACCGGCUCCGGCAUGGGAACACUCCUCAUCUCAAAAAUCCGUGAAGAAUACCCCGACAGGAUCAUGAACACAUUCUCAGUUGUACCAUCACCAAAGGUUUCCGACACCGUAGUCGAACCAUACAAUGCCACCCUUUCCGUCCAUCAGCUUGUUGAGAACACAGAUGAAACAUAUUGUAUCGACAACGAAGCUCUCUACGAUAUUUGUUUCCGUACCCUCAAGCUGACCACACCCACAUACGGUGACUUGAACCAUCUUGUCUCCGCCACCAUGUCCGGUGUCACCACCUGUCUCCGAUUCCCCGGUCAACUGAACGCCGAUCUCCGUAAAUUGGCUGUCAACAUGGUGCCCUUCCCCCGUCUCCAUUUCUUCAUGCCUGGUUUCGCUCCUCUCACAUCUCGUGGUAGCCAGCAGUACAGGGCUCUUACCGUCCCUGAGCUGACCCAGCAGAUGUUCGACGCCAAGAACAUGAUGGCUGCCUGUGAUCCUCGUCACGGACGUUAUCUGACCGUCGCCGCCAUGUUCCGUGGACGUAUGUCCAUGAAGGAGGUCGAUGAACAGAUGUUGAACGUCCAGAACAAGAACAGCAGCUACUUCGUUGAAUGGAUCCCCAACAACGUCAAGACUGCCGUCUGCGAUAUCCCACCACGUGGUCUCAAGAUGUCUGGUACCUUCAUUGGUAACAGCACCGCCAUCCAGGAGCUGUUCAAGCGUAUCUCCGAGCAGUUCACCGCUAUGUUCCGUCGUAAGGCUUUCUUGCAUUGGUACACUGGUGAGGGUAUGGACGAGAUGGAGUUCACAGAGGCUGAGUCCAACAUGAACGACUUGGUGUCUGAGUACCAACAGUACCAGGAUGCCACAGCCGAGGAGGAGGGAGAGUUCGAGGAGGAAGAGGGAGAGGAAGAGGCUUAAAUGCUUUGAACCCUUGAAACUUUGAGAACUUUUAACAGAAAUCUAAUCCAUCUGAUUUCAAAGCUUGAUUUUAACAUCUAGAAAGAGUCGACAGAAUUUUGAAUUCUGAUACAAUUAUCUUUAUGUAUGCGUAGAGAACUAAAUAAGAAUCAACAAGAGGACAGAUAUCAGAAGAAACAAACACCAAGGCAUGAUAUCAACAACUACAACAAAAACAUUGACAAAUAAUACAACAUUAUGACUAUAAUAAAAUGGGAAUAUAUGUGCAAUUAUGAACAGCAAGAUAUCCAUGGUUUUACCGUAUUGCAAUAUUUUGUUAUUUUCAUUUUGUUAUUUUAACGAUGAACGAACGAGUUACCUACUCAAUCAUUCAUUAAAAGAUCGAACGAUA